ACGGAAAUGCCGAAGAUCUAGGUUAUUCUUAUGAAUUUUUAUCAUUUCUUAGAAAAAACUUAAAAUUAAAUAUAAUUGCAGUAGAAUAUCCAGGUUAUGGCCUCUAUAAUGGAGAAGCAAACUCUGAAAAAAUAUAAUAAGAUGCAUUACUAGUCUACGAUUUUGUCCAUAAAAUAAUGAACGUUCCAAAUAAAAAUAUUUUAGUUUUUGGAAGAUCCAUAGGUUCUGGACCAGCAUGUUUCUUGGCUAGUUAAAGGAUUAUUGGAUGUUUAAUACUCAUGUGUCCUUAUACUUGUAUUGGUGAUGUUGUUAGGGAUAUUAUAGGGCCUUUUGGGAAAUUUUUAGUUUAAGAUAGGUUUAGAAAUAUAGAUUUUAUAUAAAAAGUUAGUUGUGAUAUACUGUUUAUUCAUGGUAAAGAUGAUAAACUUAUUAAUUUUAAACAUUCUAUUCAGUUAAUGUAAUCGUGUAAAGGGAAUGCAAAAAUGUAUUUAGGGGAAAAAAUGACUCACAAUGAAUUUUUAUUAUAGGAAGAUGUCAUUAUCCCUAUUUUAGAGUUUUUUUAAGAUUUUAAUAUCUAAAUUGAAAAAACUAAUAAUAAUAUUUCAGUUCCAAAUCGGUUUUAUUCUAAAAAAAAUUGAUUAUU